AUGCCUCUGACCCAGGCAGGUCUCGGCCAGGGAGUGGCGCCGAUUGGUGCCAAGGUCAUCGAAGGCUUUGGCAAAGCGCUGCGAAAGGCCAUCGGAGAGGUCCCCAAGUCGAAGCCCAAAGAGGAGAGUUGCUUCCACUCCGAGCUGAAGAAGAUGCCGGACAUUGAAGAGUUCGUUUGGCACCUACACCAGAGUGGCUGCCCUCCUGUGUGCUUCGUGUAUGCCUUCGUCUACAUUUGUCGGAUGUCGGAGCUGAACAGUGGUAAAGUAGAACUUAGCCCCCGCACCGUUCAUCGACUUCUCCUAGCCGCCAUCACCGUAGCAGCGAAGAUGCAGCAGCCAGAGAGCUUUGAUGCCAGUUUCUAUGCCCACGUGGGGGACGUCAGCGUGGCGGAGCUCAAUCAGUUGGAGUCAAAGUUCUUCGAGCUCUUGCAAUGGAAGGCGGAUGUCCCUUGGCAAACUUGUCAAUUUCAUUCAAUUUGCAUCAAUUCACCUUUUUGGAGUUACGAAGCCAAAGCAAGCGAAGCAAGAAAUUCUUUUGGAGAAUCCCCAAACUGGUGUGAUCUAAAGACCCACCCCAGCCAUCCCCAACCUGUGAUGACAUGA